AUGUUUCCAAUCUCCCACCAACACGUUCAACUCAACCAACCCCUUGACAUCGUCUCCUCUCCGUCCCCCUUCUCGCUUUUCAUCCCUCCAACCACCACCCCAACAGUGCUUCUUCUUGCAACACUGAUUACCACACCCCCACAAGCCGCUGCGACCGCUGUUUCCGCUGGAAACUCAAGGACCGCCGCGGCAGCGCUCCUAGCACGCUCCGCAAUCCCCGGGCCAACACCCAUCGCCAACAUCCCCCUCUUCCCCGCCGCCUCUCCCGCCGCCGCCAUAAACGCAGGAGCUGGCGAGAGUGACGUCACUCAUCCCGCUUCCGCUGCCGCCUCCCCCUCCGCCUCCCCCAGUACAGCUUCCGCUGCUCCUCACAUACCAUCCGCCCCCGCCGGCACUCCUUCAGCCAUCCUUCCGCUUCCGCUUACCGCCAUAGUCCCCGCCAAGAAAACCGCUACAGCUGCGGCUGUAGCGCCCGCGCCUGCGCAGGGCUCCACGUCACCGCCGCCCAAAUCCCCUCCCGCCAUGACUCGUGGCGGAACGGCAGGCGCGGUCAGCUUGGAGCGCGCACCGGUAGGGGCGGAGAUUCUUCUGAACGCCGUGAAGGCCGCGGGGCUGCGCGCGCGCGCGAGCGCGUGCGUGUUUGACGCGGAGAAGCGGACAUUCGAGUUGGUGGCGGGGCUGAGUACACUAAUUGCGCUCAACGCGACGGACGUGUGGGCGCCUCCCAUUGGUCGGAAGGUGCUGACGAACGACUGCCAGUUCUUGAUCGACGCCACGUGUCAAGAUGUCACGCCCACUGGAGGAUGCGACGACCACAACGAAUGCACGACUGACACGUGUGUGCCUGCCAACCCAGCCACAUGUUUGCCUUAUCCCGACUGCCUCUUAGCGGGCCCGUCCUGUUCCUAUACCGCGUCCCCUGGUAGUGAAACGAACCCAGCUUGCAUCGCGCCGCCAACUCCCCCGUCUGCGCCUAAGGACUCAGUUUCGUCCGCUUCCGCCAAUGUAUCCGCGGGCGGUGGCGGAAGCGGGGACGAGGGGGAAGACGGCGGAAGCGGAGAAGGCGAGGGGAAAGACGGGGAAGGGGGGAAGAACGCGGGAAGUGCGGAUUCGGAUGCGGAGGGGGGAGAGAAGGGCGCGAGCGGGGAAGGGGAGCAAAGCGGCUCAGACGACACGUCUGCUUCGGUUGGCGGCGAUGCUUCUAACGAGGAUGAUACCGGAGAUAAUAACGAGGACGGGUCAGACGACACUAUCGAGAUCGUGGGAACCAUGCCGCCGCCUCGCAGCGCGUGCAUCUUCAUCCCCAAUAAGAACCGCUUCAUGAUCCGCUUAAAGAACCACUUCCGCGUCCGCCUCUCCGCAAGCGACGCGUGGGCGCCGCGGCCCGGGCAAGUCGCCAUGACCGGUAAUUGCCGGUUUAUAAUCGACUCGGCGUGCGGGGUGGUGGGGAGGCCGGGGGGGUGCGACGACGGGGACGAAUGCACGGACGAUUACUGUCUAUGGCAGGGCGGGAAUAACACUCUCGGGAGUUGCACGCCGUUCCCGUCGUGCUUCUAUGAGAGCGCGCGGUGCGAGAGGCGUGUGAAGGAGGAGUGCGUGGGGAGAGUGGAGGCAGGAGGAGGGGGAGGGGGACCGGGAGGGGGGCAAGUGGGGGAUGGGGGGUUUGCGGCGGGUGGCGGAAAGGGGAUUCGGACGGUGACUAGUGCCGGUGCUGCCGUGACUGGCGGAGCUGACGGCGCUGGCGGCGGCGAUGGUGGUGACAGCGGGAGUGACACAGGGGCGGGUGAGACUAAAGCUAAUGGCAACAGCACAGCCACUGACGGAAAGGAGAGCGGCGGCAGUAAUGGCCGCGGCGAUGGCAGCGGUGAUGGCGGCGGCGAUGGCGGCGGCAUGAGCACGGAGGAUAUCGAGGCGUUGGAGGAGGAAGCACUAGCGCAGCGGCAGGCGCACGGGCAAGGGGCGCAGCAGGAUUCCCCGGCAGACCAGGACGAUUCACCAAACUCGGCAGAAUCAGGCUCGGAGGACCCGGACUUCCUCGCCCCGCGCCUGCGCGCCCCGCUCCCCCGCCCCGCGUGCCUAUUCCGCCCGAAGCAGGGCCUGUUCGUCCGCGUGGAGGGCUGGCCGUUCUCCGCGCGCCUCUCCCGCGCGGACGCGUGGGCACCGCCCCCCGCCGCCACGACCCUUUCCGGCGAUUGCCGCUUCGAGCUCGACUCGUUCUGCUCGGUCGUGUCGCGCGUCGCGCGCGGGUGCGACGACGGCGACGCGUGCACGCUCGACACGUGCGCUUGGGCGGGACGCGCGAACCGCGUCGGCAGCUGCGAACCGUUCCCGUCGUGCUUCUACUCCUCCGCGUUCUGCGUGCACACGGACCUUUGCGGAAGGGUGGGGGGAAACCACACGCGCGCGCGGGGAGGGGUGGUGAAAGAAACGAUGGUGGGUGGUGGAGGCGUGGGGGGGAAUUCAGAUGCGGGGAGCGGUGGUGGUGCUGCCGCUGACGGGACUGACGCUGAUGCUGACAGUGAUGGUGAUAGCACUGAUGCUGAUGGUGCUGUUGAUGCCAACGCUGGUGCGGAUGGUGAUGGUGAUGGGGAUGCUGACGAGGUGAACGACCCUUACUCCGACCCUCCGGAUCAGGAAUGGCCCAACUUCCAGAUCUACCCUCCCCCCAAAACUGGUUUGGUGGUGGAAUCUUCACAGAACCUUCCCUCUGGCGAAGGAGGAGGAAUGUCCAACGCAACCGCCCCGACCACCACGCAAGACGUGCUCCGCACGCUUUCCCAGCCUAUCCCCUUUACAGACACCUCCGUUUCAGGCUCUUUCAACGUGUACCAUUUCGGCGCACUAGGCGACGGGCAGAACGACGAUGGCGAGGCUAUUGAGGCAGCUUUUAACGAAGCAUGCAAGUGGGCGCGAAACAAUAACGCCAAAGCAACGGUCACAAUUCCUGCUGGAGCUGAUUUCCUCACCACCCCCAUGGUAUUUUCGGGGCCCUGCGGGCCAGGUGUCAUCUUCUUAUUGGACGGGAGGAUUCUGGCUCCAAACAUGCCCGUUUCUUCCUACCAAUCGGCUUACAGUGUGGUGGCGCAUCUUUUUUUUGACCGGGUGAACGGGCUGACCGUGACGUCGUCCGGGCAGGGCAGGCAGGCAGGGAGUUUUGACGGGCAGGGGCUGGAGACAUGGCGAGAACAUUUGUCGCUCGGGCAGCCAGACUCAUAUGCCCGACCAAAGGGAUUGUCUUUCCAAAAGUGUGAUAAUCUCGUUAUAGAGCAGAUUACUGUACGGAACCCGCCUGAGAUGCACAUCAGCAUCCAGGAGUGCAACAAUGUGAUUGUACAGGAGGUGACUGCAAUGAGUCCGUACAACAGCCCUGGCACUGACGGGCUGCACCUGGCCACUGCAACGAAUGUGAUUAUAAGGAACUGCAGGAUGCACACGGGCGGCAACGGCAUCGCUAUAGUGGAUAAGAGCGCCAAUAUCAGCAUCAGCCGUUUGGAUUCCACCACCCCUCUCUUGUCUCGCCUCCUUCAGAUCUCUCACUUUCCCCAAACCACCAACCCACCUUCCCUAAUUCCACCUUCCGCUUUUCUCCCCUCCCUACCCCCUGACAGCAUAUUCAAUCUCGGCCGGGACCACUUCACGGCGUGUGUAACGAAUGUGACUGUAAAGAACGCGACGGUGUACGGAGGGAGGAACGCGCUGCGCAUAAGCACGUUCCAGGGCGGCAGGGGGUGCGUCUCCAACGUGCACUUUGCUGACGUGGAGGUCAUCGAGACAACCGAACCAAUUAAAAUCGACCAGACCGCAGUUAGGGUCUGUCUGGCCCCACCCCACAGCCCCACCGUGCCAUGUGUCGGCGUCUCAUUCGCCGACAUCAACAUCACCCCCAGCAGGAGCCUGCUCAAGGCCCAGGCGGCGGAAACACAGCUACAGCCGGAGAGGCAGCUACAGCCAGUCAUGGAAAAUGUACUGGUGACGCCUGGGAGCAGCAUCAAGUCUCCCUUGGGAAUUCCGGAGCUGAAAAAGGAAGUUACGGUGGAGGAGGAGGGGAGGAUACGCGCGAUGAUGAGCGCGUGUGAGUACCCGUUCCGUGUGGUUGAUUUGGAUGCUAUCCUGGCUCCUUUUCGCCAGGCUGGCGCGAAGAUCCAAUCGCAUGAUGACACGUCAGAUGUAGGUGAGGGAGAGAGGGGGGUUGGGGAGGAGGGGGGGGAGGAGGGGUCUGGGCUGACUGCGGUGGAGAGCGGUGAGGGUGGUGAUAGUAACGGGAGUGAGAGUAGUGGGGUGGGAGGGAGAGAGAACGGGGAGAUUGAUACUGGGAGGGCAGGGGAGGAGGAUGAAGUGCCUCCGUUGCAAGCUAAAGAGGCGACAGGAAGUGACACGGGAGGAGGAGAGGAGGGGGGAGAGAGUGGAGCGAGCAAAGGGGGAGAGAGUGGAGAGGAGGGUGGGGAUAGUGAAGGAGGAAAGGGAGGAGAAAGUGGAGGAGGAGAUGGUGGGGAUGACGGGGGAGGGAGUGGAGAGAAUGGAGGUGAGAGCAGUGAGGGGAAGGAGGGUGACAGCAAGGAGGGUGCAGCAUCGAGCAAGCAGGAGGAGGAGAAGAAGAGGAGGGAGGAGACGCUGAAGCGAGUGAGGGAGGCGAAGAGCAAGAGGGAGGCACUGCGGCAAAAGUGGAGGGAGGCGAGGGCGAAACGAGGCGGAGGGGUGGCGAAGCCGACCCAGGUGGACGGGGAUGGGGCUAAGGUAGCGGAGGGGAGUGGGGAAGGGAGUGAGGGAGGAGGGAGUGAGGGAGGAGGGAGUGAGGGAGGAGGGGAGGAAGGGGGCCAGGGCAGCAGUGGAGGAGAGUCAAGCGGCUCUAGCACCCCCAGUGGUGGGGGUGGAAGUGAUGGCGGUUCAUCCCAAAAGCCCAGUGGGACUGGUGGGUCGAGUGACGGAGGAAAGGACGCUGGUGGCACCAGUGCUGGAGGUGAUGGUGAUAGUGGGUCUGGAUCAGCGGAAGGAGAGCAAGGGGGGGACAGCAGUUCGGGUACGCAGGCGGGUGGAGGAGAGGAGGGAGGAGGAGAGGAGGGAGGAGGGGAGGGUGCAGGAAACGAGGGUGCAGGGGACCAAGGGAGAGGAGGAGGAGAAGGAAGAGAGGGGGGAGCAGGAGGAGGAGAAGGAGGGGGGGGAGGAGGGGGAGGAGGGGGAGGAGGGGGAGACUGGGGCGAAACCCCCCCAGCGGACUAUACCGCGGACGACACCAGUGACGACACCAGCAGCGGAGGUGAUUAUAACGCGGAUGGAGGCGCAGAGGGGGAGGAGGGAGGUGGGGGAGACGGAGGAGGGGGAGAGGGAGGAGAGGGCUCCGAUGGGUCGGGAAUAGAUCCGUACGACCCUCUAGGCUCAUCAGCGUCUGGUGGUGAUUCCUCAGGUGAUUCUUCUGGAGAAGGCUCCUCAGGAGACUCAGCACCAGAAAUCGACCCGUAUGAUCCGCUGGCUUCGGUUGAAAAGGGAGCGACAGGAGGCGGAGGAGGAGGAGGAAGGGGAGGAAGCAGGGGUGGUGAUGGCACUGCCAGUGGCAGUAGCAGCGAUGAUACUGGCUCAAGCAGUCAUGGCGCAGGCAAGGGGAGCAGCAGCGGAGGUGGGGCCCUGAGCUCUGACACAGCCAGCCGCAGCAGCAGCAGCAGCAACGGUGGUCGUAGCAGUGGCGGUGGCAGCGGCGGGAGCAGCAGCGGCGGGAGCAGCAGCGGCGGCAGCAGCAACAGUGAUGGGAACGUGUUGCUAGAUGGGGGUGGCGGCAACAGGCUUAUAGAAGGCGGGGGCAGCCGCAGCAGCAGCGGUGGAAAGGGCAGCAGGACAAGUGGGUACAGCAGUGCGGGGAGUAACGGGUAUUAUGGGAGCGGAGGGGGCAGCUGGAGAGGCAGAGGCAUGCCGAAUGACCCGUGGCGAGGUGCUGGGGGAGGGAACACGCUGGGAGGCGGAGGGAAUGGUGGGAGUAAGGGCAGCAGCGGGGGGCAGAGUGCGAGUGGGGUGCAGAAGGUUGGGAAGAGCAGCGGAAGUGGCAGCACUAGCGACAGCAGCAGCAGUGGUGGUGACGAGGAGGAGGGGGGAAGCAGUGGGAGCGAGAGCAGUGGUGGCACUGCAGGGAUGAAAGGGAGGAACCAGCACGGGGGGAUAGGAUCGAACAAGGUCGGCCCGAUGCCAGAUGAUAAGACCACAGGGGGAAAGCACAAGAGCCAUAGCUCUGCUCCCAGCAGCGGUGAUUCCCCCAGCAGCAGCAGCAGCAGCAGCAGCAGCAAUGACUCCCUGAGCAGCAGUGGUGGUUCGUCCGGCUCCUCCUCUUCACCUGCGCCUGAUGCGAAUUCUGAAGGGGAUGGUGGGGACGGUGGGAGCGAAUCAGGUGGUGACACGUCGGAUGCUGGUAAUGCAGGAGGGGAGGGGGAAGGCGGAAGCAGCGAUGGGGGCAGUGGGGGGGGCAGUGGCAGUGGAGGGGGGUUCGUGGGGCACAAGGAGAGGCAGGAGAAGGCAAGGCGGGAGAAGGAGCGGCAGGGGCAGCACCUGGGGUACAAGGAGAGAGGGGGUGCUGGGGAGACUUCUCCUUCGGGCGGAUCCAGUGAUAAGAACAGUGAUACCUCCUCAAACUCCUCUUCUGAUUCCUCUUCUAACUCCUCGAGUUCUUCGCCCGAUUCCUCAUCCAAUUCCUCUUCGAGUUCGUCGUCGGAUUCUGGAAAGGCAGAUUCGUCAGGUGAUGAGGCUGCUUCAGAGGGUGGUUCUUCGGAUGCAGCUGGGGGGACCGAGGGUGCUGGUUCGGGGGAGGCGGGGGGGAAGGGGACGGGUGCAAAGAAUGAGACCGUGGACGCGGGUGGGGAGAAGGGGGGUGAUGCGGGCGACGAGGGCUCAGGAGAGGGGGAGAAUGAACAGGAGGGGGAAAAGGGGGGUGGUGAGGGAGGGAGUGCGGGAGGAGAGGAGGCAUCACAGGAUGGGCAAGGGGACAAGGGGACGGAUGGGACAGAAAAAAGCACGGCAGAGGAAGGGAGUGGCGAACAGGUAAAGGAAGAGCAACGAGCAAAAAACACCACGAGCAGUGGGGAGGUGAAGAGCGGAGGAGGAGCAGAUCCGCCCACUGGGAGCAGUGAGGAGAAGGUGACAGGCGAUGGAGGGGAGAAGGAAGGGGAGGCAAGUAACACCACAAGCAGUGAGGAGGAGAAGGGGGCAAGUGAUGGAGGGGUGAAGGAAGGAGAGACGAAAAACACCACAAGCAGUGAGGCGGUGAAAAGCGGAGGCGUAGUCCCGCCCACGAGCAGUGAUGAGGAGAAGGUGGCAAGUGAUGGUGUAGCAGAGUCCCCCAACGGGAGCACUCAGACAACUCAGGCAACAGUUCUGCCAGUUCGGACUCGAACCCGGAAACUGACAAAUUAG